CAUCGUCUUGGCAGUUGCAAUCGAUCGAGCUUAGAGUGAGCACUCAAUCGGUGAAAAAUUUUAGAAUUGAAAUGUUGAAUUUUAUAUGUAAAUUUUUAUUUAUGUUGUGUUUUAUAUUUGGAAGGUCUGCUUCUUCCAAAAUACGACCAUCUCAACUUGAAUGUUUAGCUUCACAUCCAGAAAGAUCUAAUCACCAUAUUUUUCGCAGAACCGUCGUAGGAAAUGGGCCUGGUUUGCCAACACAAGCAAACGAAUUUCCUUAUAUGGCGGCUUUAGGUUAUAGAAAAAGUGGUUCUGAAUCUGCAACCUAUUAUUGUGGCGGAGUUCUUAUAUCAAAGAGAUUUGUUUUAACAUCAGCCGUCUGUGCGGACAAUGGUGAUACACAACCAGAAUUCGUUCGAUUGGGUGGAGUUAACUUGAAGGAUAAAAAUAUAAGAGAUAUAAAAAUUAAAAGGACAUUUACUCACCCUUCUUACGAUACUGAUUUAAGCUACAAUGAUAUCGCGUUAUUAGAAUUGGAGAAAGAUUCUGAUAAAACUGUUGCUUGUCUAUGGGAUAAACAUGAUCUACCUAAUACAAAUGUUACUGCCAUUGGUUAUGGACGACCAAUAUUUGAGUCUCAAAUUUCUGAAAAUGUUUCAAAAGCAAAUUUAAAGGAAAUAAAUAACAAAAAAUGUGGAACGUAUUAUAAAUCGUAUGAAGAGGCUUUACCAAAUGGUGUAAUUAAUACUCAGAUUUGUUUUGAAGAUCCAGUAACAUUACACGAUACUUGUAAUGGUGACAGCGGUGGACCAGUAAUAAUGGAACUAACUACAGAUAAAUUAAUUGAUUAUGUUGUUGGUAUUACAUCAUAUGGACUAGGUUGUUAUGGUGGACCUGGCAUAUACACAAGAGUAUCAGCUUACAUUGAUUGGAUCGAGGGUAUUGUAUGGCCUUUGAAAACUAAUUGAAAUUUCAAGAGACAUUAAUUAAUAUAUUUCUAUGAAAUUAUAAAUAAAUAUAAAUAAUAGAAUUAUAACUGUUAAGUUAAAAUUGUAGAAAAUAUUUAAUUUUAUUUGAAAUAGUUAAAUCCUGUAUUCUACAAACCACUAAGUAACUUUACGUAAAGCUACAGUAGUACAUCUAGUGGGAAUUAGGAAAUAGAUACCUCCUUAAGAUA